UGGCUUUUGCCGGGGUCUGUGUGACUGUGCUGAAAGUCCUCUGCCCUUUGGGUCCCAGUGCCCAGGCUCUCUAAAGGCACUGCUCAGUGUUUUAACCUAAGCAAUAGCCCCGGGACAGAUGAGCCACCAGUCGUGCCUGCCUGCCAGCCUGGGCUCCGGGGAGAUGCAGUCCCCCCGAAUGGCGGGGAGGAAGCGAGGGCGGCCCCCGCUCCAGCCGGCGCCCAUCAAAGUGGCCGUUCACAACCUCUACUCAGCCCCAGCCGGUGCUCUGCCAGUCGUGAAGAUCCCAAAGAAGAGAGGGAGAAAACCCGGGUACAAGCUGAAAUCUCGUGUCCUGAUGACUCCCUUAGCGAUCUCUCCGCCGAGAAGCACACCAGAGCCGGAUAUUAGUUCAAUCCCCCAGGACGCAGCUACGAUACCCAACUCGGCCACCCCACAGGCUCUCACAGUCUGCAUUUAUGUCAACAAACAAGCGAACCUGGGGCCGUACCUGGACAGAAAAAAAGUGCAGCAGCUGCCAGAGCACUUUGGGCCGGAGAGACCGUCGGCGGCCCUGCAGCAGGCUGUUCAGGCCUGCAUCGACUGCGCGCUCCAGCAGAAGACCGUCUUCUCCCUCAUCAAGCAGGGCUACGGAGGCGAGAUGGUGUCAGUUUCAGCUUCUUUUGAGGGGAAGCAGCAUCUCCUGAGCCUGCUGGUAGUGAACAGCAUUGGGUACGUCCUGCGCUUCCUGAAGAAGCUCUGUCGCAGCCUCCUGUGUGACAAUCUCUUCAGCAACCAGCCUUUCCAGCAGUACAACACUGCAUCAGAAAGCCCAGAGGCGUAUGAAAACAGACAGAUGGAGGCAGCAGAAACGGUCAUACCUGAGGACUACCUGGUUGAUCCUGCGAACAUGAAGCGGUACAGCGUGGAUCCUGCUGAUUCUGCCUUCAGUUGCAUGGGCUCCGUGUACGCUGUGCGGCAGAGUCCUGCAGAUGGACGUCCUGCUGGAGGCUCCUCUUCCUCCUGUAGCCAUCGUCCUGCCCAGAUAUCUUCAGGGGGUUCCUCAUCUACUGGCCUGCGGCAUCAGACCUCCAGCCCAACGAGGAAUGGGACCUAUCUUGAAGGAAACAGAAGUGCCUCAAGUCCUUCACCAGAACAACAAGACACGGCUCGGCCAUCAAGCAAGAAUCCUUUGACCUGGACGGUGGAUGACGUGGUUUGGUUUGUGAAGGAUGCAGACCCUCACGCUUUAGGUCCCCACGUGGAGCUCUUCAGAAAACACGAGAUUGAUGGCAAUGCUUUGUUGCUGCUGAAAAGUGACAUGAUCAUGAAAUACCUGGGGCUGAAACUGGGACCUGCGCUGAAACUGUGUUACCACAUUGAUAAGCUCAAGCAAGCCAAGUUCUAA